AUGACUGAUAAAAAUAAAAAAGAUGAUAUAGCUGCAAAAGAUGUUUUUAUACUUCUUGGAGUACCAGUACCAGAUAAAUUAAUAGUAGACUCGUAUAGGGAUGAAGAAAAUUAUGAAAGCGAUUGGUCGGAAAUGGAAGGAAUUAAAAAAAAAAAAGUCAAACAAAAUUAUGAGGACGAUGAAUCGCAAUUCACGCCAGAUGAAGACGAUGCAGUUCAAGUUGAAAUGAUAACUGGACCACCAGUGAUCGAUGUUACUUGUCCGACAGAGUCAGAUGAUAGUUCUGGCUAUAGCAUAACUGAAAGUGAAUAUGAGGAUAAUCGAUGGUAUGAUCCUUCAUCAACAAUUGGUUUAUCAAUGAGUGAAUAUGAUACAACAAAAAAGUUACUAAAAGCAAUUAGGAGAGGUGACCAGACCAAAACAGUAUCAGCUCUAGCAAUCCUUAAGUCAAAUCGUAUUACUGAUGAAGCAUUCCAAAAUAUGUUUAUUGCACAAAAAGGAAUUGAACUAUUAAUUAACAUUCUUGAAACUGAUUAUGAUGAAUGCAUAAAAGUCACGUUGUCAAUAAUUCGUGAUAUGUCUCAAUUAUUUGGUACUAAGCACGCAUUGUGCAAUUUGGGCGCGGUUCAAGUACUAAUUAAUCUUUUGUCUAGUAAAUCAAUUGAUAUUCAAAACAUGAGCGCUGAUAUUCUUACUAAUAUAUCUCGAAUAAAAAAAGGCAGGAAAUUUAUGCGUAAAUUAGGAGGUAUUCCAAUGAUGGUACAUUUAAUUCAUGUACCUGAUGAACUGUUAUCUAAUCCGUCGACUAAAUUGAACACGAAACAAAAAAAAUCAUUAAAUUUGCUGUGCACUUGUUGCAAAGCAUUGCAAAUAAUAUGCAGAUCACAUAAGAGCCGUGAAAACAUAAGAUAUACGGGAUUCAUAAAAUUGUUGCCGAAACUACUAGAUUCAGUGCACAGUGAAGUACAGAUAUCAACAAUGGGUGUAAUAGUUGAAUGCUGUCGGAACAGGUCUAAAGAAUGUUCAAACAUUAAUAAUAAUAAUUACAGAACAGAUAUUGUUUAUAAGCUUUCAGUAAUGGAACUUGGGCUAUUACCCAAAAUCAUAGGAUUUUUAAAAAGUGAUAAUAUAACACAGAUUGCCGAUGCCGCUGAAACUUUAUUAUGCCUAAGUAACGAUGAUCCUACUGUUAACAAUAUACUGUUUAAAAACAAUGGAUUAGAUACUAUCUUCAAUAUAUUCAAAAAAUAUUACAAUGAACCACGUGUAAUGGUUAUUGUAACCGCGAUAUUGUGGAAGUGCUCAGUAGAUCAGAAACUCAGGAAUAAUUUAGAAGCUAAAAAUUGUGGUAAGCUUAUGCUUUCGCUAUUGACAUACGAAUACGAUGAUGAAGUCAUUGGUAAUGCAAUUGGCACGUUGUCCGAAUUGUGGAAAUGUAAAUCCAUGCAAAUGCAAAUAAUGACUACAGCUUUGCCAAUUUACUUGCAGCUUUUAAGGAAUAGUCAACAUAAUAUUGUAUUGUCACAAGUUUGUGUUGCCCUGGGUAGAGCUGCUGACGAUCCUGGUUGUAUGAAAAUGAUUGACGAAGCUGAAGGACUCAGAUGGGUGUUCGUUCUACUUCCCUCUCGAGAAGUCGAUGAAUUCCACAAAUAUGAAUACUUUUAUAACACUGAUGUCAUUGUAGCUGCCACUGACUGUUUGAUUAAAUUCAUAAAAAAUUCUCCGCCAAAUUUAAAUAAGGUCAAAGGCAUGUUCCAAGCAGUCAAUGAUCUAGUAGAUUUGUUAAAACAUACAAAUAAGAACGUAGUAUCAGCUGUAUGUCGUUUAGUAGAAGCUAUCGCCAUUCAUAAUGAGAGUUUGCGUUUCAUGACUGAUGCAGAUGUUGUUAUGAAUCUAAUCAAUUUAAUGUAUCACAAAGAUCCUAUUUUGAGAGCCAAUCUUUGUAGGGCAUUAGGAAAAUGUUGUUAUUCUGGAUCCAAUUCAAGAGACAUUGGAAAACAAAAUGUUAUAGAGCGUUUGUAUGAAUAUAUACUCGAAGAAGACAAAUUGGUAAAUGAAAGUGUCCCGUUAGCAUUGUUAGGCCUAUCCGAAGAUCCUUUAAACUGCAUAAAAAUCGAUACGAUAGGAUUUUUACCGUUUUUAAAAUCUUCGUUGGAAUCGAAUAAUAAAGAAACUGCUAUGGCAGCUGCUAACUGCUUGAGAAAUGUUAGAAAAGUAUGUUCAAGUAUUGGGAAAUACAAAGAGUGUAAAAGAAUUCAGUAA